AUGUUAUCUCAAUGCAAAUUACCAAGGAUUAGGAAAUGUCCUGGUUAUAUGGUACGUAGUUUCAGAACUUCCCUGGUUCGUUCUGUUUCUCCUUCGGGACUGGGCAGAGGUGCAGGAAAGGGAGGCGGUGCGGGUGGAUCGGUCAGGGAAUCCGGAGGGGGGCUGGGGGAGUACGGCGCUGCGCAAGAAGAAUUCUUUUUUUACAAUAAACAGAAAGAACAGUUGGAGAAGCUGAAACAGAAGUUGAAAGAAGGAGAGAUAAAGAAAAAGGAAGAGAAAUAG